UAUCCAAAAUCCAAAGGUACUAAAGUGAAUUGAGUCAGAGAAAAAGAGAAAGAUAAGAGAGAGAGAGAGAGAGAGAGAGAGUGGGAUAGAGUAACAUGGAGGCUUGUUUUCUUACAUCAAGAUCACUCUCUGGUAACAAAGAGCUUGUCCCGUUCAUCAAAUCCAGAAUCUUUACUUGCCCCAAGAAAAAUUCUUGCCAAUUUCUCACCAGGAAGGUUGCUUCUCCGAUCUCUGUAAAUUGUUCCCUUUCAGAUUCAUGGAAGCCACUGGACGAUGAUGCUGAUCUCUUCAAGGAGUGUGACAACAAUUCUACAGCAGAUGCUGACUGGAGGGAGUUCAGGGCAAGGCUUGUUGCAGGAGAAGAAGCUGCAACGUCUGAGAAAGAUCCUUCCUCAUGGUCUAACCCGGACAUGGUGGUUGACUAUCCGUCAUCAUCGACCUCACGGAUCACAAUAGGAACCAAAUGGGCACACAAGAUCCACGAGCCAGAGACAGGCUGCCUUCUAAUCGCCACAGAGAAGCUAGACGGUGUCCACAUCUUCGAAAAGACGGUGAUCCUCCUCCUCUCUGUUGGACCCUCAGGUCCAAUAGGAGUCAUCCUCAACCGCCCAUCACUGAUGUCGAUUAAGGAGACCAAAUCAACGGUUUUAGACAUGGCAGGAACGUUUUCAGACAAAAGACUCUUCUUUGGUGGACCUUUGGAAGAAGGGUUGUUCUUGGUGAGUCCAAGGAGUGGUGGAGACAACGAGGUUGGUAAGAGCGGAGUGUUCAGACAAGUGAUGAGAGGAUUGUACUACGGGACGAGAGAGAGUGUAGGCUUGGCUGCAGAAAUGGUGAAGAGGAAUUUGGUUGGAAGAAGUGAGCUUAGAUUCUUUGAUGGGUACUGUGGUUGGGAAAAAGAACAGUUGAAAGCAGAGAUCUUGGGAGGGUAUUGGACAGUUGCUGCUUGUAGCUCCAGCGUUGUGGAGCUUGGUUCAGCUGUCCAAAGCCAUGGUCUUUGGGAUGAGGUUCUUGGGCUUAUUGGGCCUCAAACAGGCUCUGUUAUCUAAAUCUUGUUUUUGUAAUGCUUUUUCACUAAUGUUAUAUGGUAUGAGUUGACUAUUGUGUAUGUUUUAUCAAUGUAUGUAUUAUAAAUCCAUCACUAAUUUUAUAUUUGUUUGUUUCUCA